AUGCCUUCUUCCCCAAAGUCCUACGCCCUCCCCUACGUGCGCUACCAAUCGCCCUUUGCCACGCGCAGAUCCACCGCCUUCCUCCUCGGCCUCUCCGCCCUCCUCCUCCUCCUCUUCUUCUUCGCCAUCUCUUCCUUCCUCGCCCAGAUUCGUAACAACCGCUGCGUCAACGCGCACCCUCGAUCGGUGCGCGUCGUCUGGGAACACGCCGGCAACCCCAACACAGCUGUUGGUGUCGGUGAUGCAGAGAGGCAUAAGGUUAUGGGGUUUGUGGGCAUUCAAACGGGGUUUGGAUCCGGUGGGAGGAGAGAGGCGUUGAGAAAGACGUGGUUUCCCUCUGAUCGCCAAGGCCUUCAUCGCUUGGAAGAAGCCACUGGGUUGGCUUUUAGGUUUAUCAUUGGUAGAACAAGUGACAGAGCAAAGAUGUCUGCACUUCAGAAGGAAGUAGCAGAAUAUGAUGAUUUCAUUUUGUUGGAUAUCCAAGAGGAGUACAGUAAGCUCCCAUACAAAACGUUAGCUUUCUUCAAAGCUGCUUAUGCUUUUUUUGAUGCUGAAUUUUAUGUCAAAGCUGAUGAUGACAUAUAUUUAAGGCCAGAUCGUCUAUCAUUACUACUGGCCAAAGAGCGAUCUCAUCCUCAGACAUACAUAGGAUGCAUGAAAAAAGGACCUGUUUUCACUGAUCCAAAACUCAAAUGGUAUGAGCCAUUGUCAAAUUUGCUUGGAAAGGAGUAUUUUCUUCACGCUUAUGGUCCUAUAUAUGUUCUUUCUGCUGAUGUUGUCUCAAGCUUGGUUGCUCUUAGGAAUGACAGUUUCCGGAUGUUCAGCAAUGAGGAUGUUACUAUUGGAGCUUGGAUGCUAGCUAUGAAUGUCAACCAUGAGAAUAAUCAUGAACUUUGUGCUACAGACUGUACAGCCACAUCUAUUGCUGUCUGGGAUAUUCCAAAGUGCUCAGGCCUCUGUAAUCCAGAAAAGAAAAUGUUGGAACUCCAUCAAAAGGAGAUCUGCUCUAAGACCCCAACUCUGGAAUCAGAUGAUGAAUAG